AUGAGUGAAAUAUGGAUUAAUCUUCCAAGGUUCAGUGAAGAGUACAGCAAGGGGGUUAAAGAUUUUGUAGAAAAUGCUAUGGUUCAUUAUGCUGUAGAAAAUGAAAUGAAGAGUACAGUAAGAGAGUUUGUCUCUCUUACAUGUCGUAGUUGGACUGAAGUUCCACAAAAAGAUAUCCUGUGGGAAUAUGUGAAGGACAAGUACGUAAUCCCUGAAGAAGGUUAUGACUGGGUUAUGACGACGAUGCGGGACUUGUUUAGGGGGUACAAAGCUCGGAUCAAGAGGGAUUACUAUUAUAAAUAUCAAACUGAUGAGGAGAGGCUAGAAAAUAGGCCUAGGGAGGUUCCAUUGAAAGACUUCAAGAUAUUGUUAGAAUAUUGGGCUGAUGAGAAAAUAGCGAAAAAAGCAAGAACAAAUUCAGAAUCUCGAAGGCUUAUAACUGAAACACAUACUGCUGGAAGUAGGAGUUUCGCACAAAUAAGUCACAAUAUGGCACUUGAAAGAGCAUUGAAGGCUACCCGUGAACAACCACCAGCGCCAAUAUCAGAUGCUGAUGUUUAUGUUAAAACACGCAAACGGGAAAGCACAAGAACAUACAAGCUACCUACUGAAGUUGUUGAGAAAAAAGUGGAAAAUGUAAAGAAGCUGCUGAAAGAUGGAACAAUUGACGAAGCUGAUGAAGUUGUUUAUGGUGGGAAGGAUCACAGUCGCACAUUUUUAGUGGGGAGGCUUAUUGAGAAAAGGGAACCAAAGAAAAAAAUUGCACGCCCUUUGCCUACCAUUCCAGAGAAGUAUGUGGCUAGUUUAACUGAACAGAUUCGAGAUCAAAUUGCAAAGGAGAUGGAAGAACAAGUGCAGAAGAAGGUUGAAGAUAAUGUCAAGCUCAUGAUGUCCAAGCUGGCAGAAAAGAAUCCAGGCCUUAAUCUCGAUAUCGAGCUAACCAGUGCAACUGAGCCAACAGUUGAGCCAUCACAGGCCAACAAUGGCAGUGAUUAACAACCCUUGAUUGAUAUUUUCCGUAUUCUGAACUAAACAUGUCCUUGCUUAACUUUUAUUUAGCUUUUAUAUUAAGAUGAAUUUGUAUUUUGGAGAAGUUGGAGGAUCUCGUUUUAUUUUGAAAGAUGUGAUGUAUUUUGGAGUU